AUGUCAUUUACCGAAAGGUUGGCUCAGAAAAGGGUCGGCUUUUACUGUUGGCAACUAUUUCUCAUCGAUAGACUAUUAUCAUCGAUACGAUUGCCACACAUCGAGGAAUUCGAGGUCCAGAAUGAGCCCAUACUGUCGUAUAAGUCCGGUUCCCCGGAGCGCCAGGCGCUCAUCGAUAAGCUCAACCACUAUAAUAACACCGUUACGGACAUACCUAUUGUCAUAAACGGCAAAAGAUAUUCCACUAAUGAGGUGCGCUACCAGUGCUCGCCCUUUGACCACAAACACAAAUUAGCGAAGUUUUCGCUGACGGACGAGAAGCUGUUCCGGGAGGCCAUCGAUGGCUCGCAAAAGGCCCGCAAGGAAUGGGAGGCCAGGAAUCUGACCGAUAAGAUCGCCAUAUUCUUGAGGGCCGCCGACCUUAUGGCCGGCAGAUACAAGCAGGACUUGAACGCCACCACUAUGUUAGGCCAGGGAAAAACGGUAAUACAGGCCGAGAUAGACGCCGGCGCCGAAUUGCCCGACUUUCUCAGGUUUAACGCCUUAUACGCCAAAGACAUGUAUAAAUACCAACCCCUGAGCCCACAGCCGGAGGUGACGACCAAUACGUUCCGAUACCGGGGUUUAGAGGGCUUUGUGGCCGCAGUGGCGCCGUUCAACUUCACGGCCAUCGGCGGUAAUCUGGCGACAGCGCCCGUACUCAUGGGUAAUGUGGUGCUGUAUAAGCCGGCCACCACUGCCGUACUGUCCAAUUGGGUUAUAUACCAAAUACUAGAGGAGGCCGGCGUACCCCCCGGAGUUAUCCAAUUCGUACCGUCCAGUGGCCCAGUAUUUGGCGAGCACGCCCUGACCAGCCCAUACCUAUCAGCUGUUAACUUCACGGGAAGUGUCGGCACUUUCCGUAAUAUAUGGAGGACUGUAGCCAACAGUUUGGAUACCAAUCACGGAUUUCCGCGACUGGUGGGCGAGUGCGGCGGUAAGGACUAUCACUUCGUGCACGAGUCGGCCGACGUGGACACAGUGGUCGCCCAGACUAUGAGGGCUGCCUUUGAAUACAGCGGCCAAAAGUGUAGCGCCUGUAGCCGACUCUACGUGCCCGACACCACCUGGCCUAAGAUCAAAGAGGGCUUACUAUCGGUGCGGUCGGCCCUAAAACUGGGGACACCCCUCGAGUUCGACACAUUCAUGACCGCCGUUAUCGACAAGAACUCGUUUAAAACGAUUAGAGACUAUAUUAAUGAGGCCCAGACCUCCCCGUCCCAUACCGUACUGGGCGGCGGUAAGUGCGAUGACAGCACCGGAUGGUAUAUCGAGCCCACGAUUGUCGAGACAACGGAUCCCAACUCCCGGCUCAUUAGGGAAGAGAUUUUUGGUCCCGUUUUGACGGUUUAUGUCUAUAAGGCCGCCAAAGUGGGUGAGGCGCUCGACCUGUGCGACCGCACCAGUGGUUUCGCACUGACCGGCUCGCUGUUUGCCAAAGACCAACAAUUCAUAGACAUGGCGUCGGAACGGCUGAAGCAAUCGGCCGGCAAUUUCUACAUCAACGACAAGUGUACCGGUGCUGUCGUAGGGCAACAGCCCUUCGGAGGGGCCCGACUGUCCGGCACGAACGACAAGGCCGGUGCCCCGCACUACCUGUUGAGGUGGUGUUCC